GCAUUCCAAACCCAAUAUUAUGGCUCAAACUCUCUUUCUCCUCUUCAAACUCAUAUUCACCAUCUCUUUGGUCUCAUCCAUAGGAGUUGAAGGAUAUGAUUACUUUCUGAUGGUCCAACAAUGGGGACCGUCGACAUGUGCCUGUGUUCGAUGUUACGCUCAACCUCUGCCCAUGUUCACAAUACAUGGUCUGUGGCCCGGGAAUAAUAACUCACCGCACCCACUUAUUAAUUGCUCUGGAACUCCGUUUAAACCAACUCAGAUCCCAACAGCACAAAGACAACAACUACUAACUUAUUGGCCAAACGUGGAGGAUGGGAAUCACCAAUGGUUUUGGGGGAACGAAUGGCUGAAGCAUGGCAAGUGCUCGGAUCCCCCCUUCAACCAGACUGCGUAUUUCCAAACAGCUCUAAACAUUCGCACAAACCACAACUACGACCUCCUCGCCAUCCUCAACGCCGCCGGGCUCGGCCCCACCGGCACCGGCUUUCGCAAUUACACAGCCAUUGAAGGCGCCAUUCAUGCCGCCACCAAUAGGACGCCAUUCCUACGUUGCGACGUCAAUGCCCACACCAGGAGAUAUCAAUUGUACGAAAUUGUAUUGUGCUUCGAUCGAAACGGCGUUACCCUCAUCAACUGUAAUCGAAACAACACCCGAGCCCUUCGCAAGCGAUGCCCCAACCAGUUCGUGUGGCUCACCCGCAACCCUCUGAGUUUGGGCGUCGCUUUCUGGGAGCUUAAGGACUCACUCAUCUAUCAUCUCUCCCUUUCUAAGCUUCUGUUAACCUUCGUGGCUCUCUCCACUGCCUUUGCCUUUGUUUGCUGGAAGAGAUUUUUCCAAGGAGGUCGUAGUAAGAAGGACUGAUCAGUUUGAAAUACCUUUGUUUGUAUGCUGUUAUAUCAUGAAAUAAAAGUUUGUUUGUCUCAGUUUUUUAUUUUCUAAGCAGAUGUUUCAUUAACCACAAUACUUCUUUAAUAGAAGCCACUUAUAUAUAGGUAUUGAAGAAA